ACUCCUCCCAUCCAAGCCAUGACUUUUUUGAACUUCUGCCUUCUGGAAGAUCAGAUCUAUGCGAGCUGGAACGACGCGCCUCAAUAACAGCUUCUUCCCCUCUGCUAUCAGACUCCUGAACUCCCAAAGCUGACCUGGACUUUUUCUAUUUUUAUUUUUUUCCUAUCCCCAUCUCCCCCCUCCUUACUGGACUGAGCAACCUAUGACAAAAGAAUACCACCAACAUUGUUGUGUGGCAAUAAAGUUUGUAUCUAUCUAUCUAUGUGUAAAGACAGCUCCCUCCAGUGGAGGAAGAAAAAACUUUCAGAAGACACGUCGCCAUUUGCACGUCAUUCGCAAAAUCCGGAAGUGUUAUCAAAAACAGGUUUUUUAAGAUGAGGCGACUGGAUUCUAGUGAUGAUGUCUCCCUCUUUGAUGCGGAGGAAGAUACAGGACGGAAAUCAAAGUCCAAAAUCAAGCAUCCACUGGCGUCUUUCUUCCACCUGUUCUUCCGCGUGAGCGCCAUCCUGGUGUACCUGGUCUGUGAGCUGCUCAGCAGCAGCUUUAUCGCCCCCAUGGUGGCCAUCAUCCUGCUGCUCUGCUGUGAUUUCUGGACCGUCAAGAACAUCACUGGUCGUCUGAUGGUGGGACUGCGAUGGUGGAAUCAGGUGGAUGAUGAUGGGAAAAGCCACUGGGUGUUUGAGUCCAGAAAGUUUCCUUCCCACCAGGGCUCUGGGAAACAGGCCUCUGACUCAGAGUCUCGGAUCUUCUGGCUUGGCCUGCUCAUAUGCCCCAUCGUCUGGGUCAUCUUUGCCUUCAGCUCCCUUGUCUCUUUCAAGAUUAAAUGGCUGGCUGUGGUCAUCAUGGGAGUGGUACUGCAGGGAGCCAACAUGUACGGCUAUGUUCGCUGUAAAGUGGGCACCAGGACCAACCUGAAGAACAUGGCCACCAGCUACUUUGGGCGGCAGUUCCUGAAACAGACGAUGUCCAACCAGGAAGAAUCCUAAAGAGGUUAUGCCUUAUGGAAGAAUGUUUGCUUUACAUUUUAAAGACUGGAGAGAGUGGAGUUUUUAAUGAUUUGUUUCCUCCAGAAUUCAUCAUAUUUAGAAUCAUUAACCUAAAUAAUUUUUCCUGU